AUGAAUAACAGCUUAUAUAAAUUUUUAGAGGUAAGUAUAUUGGCAGGUGGAUUUUUUUUUAUUUGGUAUUUAACUAGUGAAAAAAGAUUAAAAAGAAAAAAAAAAAUUAUAAAAGAAAAUAUUUUAUUGAUAUUAAGGCAUUUAUGCCUAGAAAUAUAUAAAAUAUUAAAUGAAACAUCAAAAACCAGCAAAAAUGUUUAUGAUAUGCUGAAAGAUCAGCCCAAUGCAAGUAUUGAGUUAAGUAAAUUAGAAGAAGUGUUAUUAAAUAAUGGUUGUAAAAAAAAAAUUGAAGAUACUGAAAAAGAGGUUUUAAAUAAAUUUAACUUAAGUGUAGAAGAUUUUUAUGAUGAAUUAAAAAAUUAUGAAAAAGAUGCAGAUAUUCAAAAAUCUCUUAAAUCAAUAAAAAAGAUGUAUAAUGAAUCAUUACUAGGCUUACAACCAAAAUUGCCUUCAAUUGAUGAAAAUAUUUCAGAAGAUAUAAUUAUUAAUUUAACUAGCAUGAUUUAUAAGGAAAAAAGAAAGGUAUAUAAAUCAGAAAUAAAUUCAAUGAUUAAGAAAAAUGAAAAUUUAAAUGUAGAUACAUUUUCAAACGCAGAAUUUUUUGAAAAGUUGCAGAAGUCUACUGAACAUGUAGAAGAAAAAGUCAUUAAAGAAAAUAUUAAUCUUAUACCAAAUCUAUUUACUUUUAAAUAUCUUGUAAAUUAUUAUUCUAAUAACGAAAGUUUUCUACAAAAAAAAAAAUAUUUAGAAUCAAAACAUGGAGAGAAAAUGAUUAAAAUAUUAAAAAUUAAAAAAAAUAAAAAAAAAAAAAAAGUUACCAAAGAUAGCAGUAAUAAUAGCUUAAGAAGUACUCCUAGCUUUACCUCUUUGGGUGAUAAUCAGAACUCAGAUAGAAGUGUUAUUACUAGUCAAAUUAAUAUAAAUAAAUUGGAAAGCAAAGAAAAUUUAGAUAAAAUUAAUGAACUUGAGGAUAAACAUAACAUCGAAGAUCAAAUAUGUAAUUCAGAAAAAAUAAAAAAUGAAAAAGAUACAAAUGAAAUAGAAAUUAAAAAAAUUUUGAAUGAAGUGCAAUAUGAAAAUGAAGCAAAAAAUAAUGAAAAUUUAUUAAAUAAAGAUGCAAAUGAAAAUAAAGAAAAUGAAAAUAUAACUGAAAAUGAAGAUAUAAUUAAAAAUAAAAAAAUUGAAGACCAAAAUAUAGUUGAGAAUGAAAAUAUAAAUAAAAAAGAGAAUGAAGAUAUAAUUGUAAAUGAAGGUAUAGUUGAGAAUGAAAGUAUAAAUAAAAAAGAAAAUGAAGAUAUAGUUGAGAAUGAAAGUAUAAAUAAAAAAGAAAAUGAAGAUAUAGUUGAGAAUGAAAAUAUAAAUAAAAAAGAAAAUGAAGAUAUAAUUGAGAAUGAAAAUAUAAAUAAAAAAGAGAAUGAAGAUAUAAUUGAAAAUGAAGAUAUAGUUGAGAAGGAAAGUAUAAAUAAAAAAGAAAAUGAAGAUAUAGUUGAGAAGGAAAGUAUAAAUAAAAAAGAAAAUGAAGAUAUAGUUGAGAAUGAAAAUAUAAAUAAAAAGGAAGAGAGUGAAGAUAAAAUAAUUCAAAAUAUAAGUCAUGAUAUAAAUGGUAACCCCAAUAACAUUAAAGGGACUACAAAUGAUGAAGUUUUGAAUGAAAAUAACAAAGAAAAAAGCUAUAUUCAUGAAAAAGAAAAGGAAUUUGACAAAACUGAAUGUGAAUUGAAAGAUGAACACAAUAAAAUUAAGAAUAAUUUUGAAAUGAAAGACGAUAUUGAAAUAACGAGUUCUUUAGAACAUUCUUGCGAUAAAGAAGAGUCACAUGAAAAUGAUUUGCCAUAUAUUAAAGGACAAGAAAAAAAUGAGAAUUUAGGUCAAAAUAAUUUAGAAAGUAAAAAAGACAUACCAAUAAAAAGUAAUGGGAAAAAAAAGAAAUGGAAAAGGAAGUAG